AAGGUGGAGUCGGGCGGGUCGAAUCUGAGAUUAUUAUGCACACUGCUCGGCGAAAACAAGCUCGUCGGAAACAUCCCGGAUCCGGUCGUCGGUACUUCGAAGCUCCGGGAUUUGAUUCUCGAAUACAACAAUCUCACCGGCGUCGUCCCUCCAUCGCUGGGUAAUAUUUCCUCUCUGGAAGUAAUCGCGGUAAACUUCAACAACCUCGGAGGAACGAUCCCCGAAACACUGGGCGACCUCAAGAACCUGUAUUUCCUCUCAAUGGGAGGAAACUCUUUUACCGGAACCAUCCCAAUUUCCAUCUACAACAUUUCUUCCAUGAGCAUUCUAUAUUUCCCACAGAACCAGCUCCAAGGGACGAUCCCCUCGGAAUUUGGCAACCUUCUCCCGAAUCUCAUCGCGUUCAGCGUCUGCGAGAAUCGAUUCACCGGCGAAAUCCCUCCUUCGCUGUCCAAUGCUUCCAACUUGGAGAAGUUUACAAUUGCUAGGAACAGAGUCUCUGGAACACUGCCGUCAAUGGAGAAGCUGCACAAGCUGCGGUGGCUGAGCAUUGCGGAUAACUUGCUUGGAACCGGUGAAGCCGGUGAUGUCGAUUUCCUUUCCACUUUCAGCAACCUGUCGAGCUUACAGUUGGUUUCCAUGAGUAAAAACAUAUUCGGCGGAUCGUUGUCGCAAUCGGUCGUUAAUUUUACAGAGCUUUCGAUUCUGGCGGUGAAUGGUAACAAGCUAUCAGGAAGAAUACCGGAAGGGAUUGGGAAAUUGAAGAAAUUGGAAUGGUUACAUUUGGGGAACAAUCGGCUUACGGGCUCUGUUCCUGAAGAGCUUGGUGAAUUGGGGAAUUUGAAGUCAUCGUUUACGAAGGGUUAUUCUUCCAGAUCUGAGUACUCCCUAAUGGCGAAAUCUUCCAUCUCUUCGAGAAACAGGCUGUCUCCUCUGACAAACGAUGGCUGCCUCUACAUGGGCGGUGCCGUCUUCGCCUUCUUACUCGUCUGGUGCCUCUGGUCCUACGCUAGCCCCGCCGACUCUGGCGGCGGCAACAGCUUCAUGCCCAGGGUAUUCAGCGACAUCGGCUGCACCCGCCCGGCUCUCUCAGAUUCGACCCGCCCGACUCCACCUUCUACGACGACCCGGAGCUACGGUAACUCGAUCGAGAAGAAGGUGAUCGGGAAGGGAGGAAGGCUGCGCGGGAUGGAGGCAGUCUUUGAUUAG